AUGAACAGGAACUCAGGAUUUCAAACUAGAGUGUCAAUACCAGCUGCUUCCUGUCAGCAAUUUGAUGCAGUUGGAAAUGUUUUUCAUGCAGCAGGAUCAGAUUUUAUCAGAACUGAAAUUGGAGCUUAUAAAGAGAAGAUUUUAGAAUCGGGCACCGAAUAUUUUCAAAGCAACGUGCGAAAUUUUAUUCACAGAUUCAUAUCCAGUCCACGAUAUUAUUUUCAAGUGAAUGACGACUACGUGAAAAACAAGUUGAAGAUGGUUUUGUUUCCAUUUCUCCACAAGGGACACUGGAUGAGAUCAAUGGAGCCUGCAGGGGGUGAAUUUUCAUUCAAACCUCCAAUUUACGACAUAAAUGCACCAGAUUUGUACAUUCCUAUGAUGGCAUUUGGUACAUAUUUAGUUCUUGCGGGUUUCUUUUUGGGCAUCAAUGGCAAGUUUAGCCCAGAAUCCCUUGGGAAAAGGAGGACAGGAGCGAAUGCUAUCCUAGGACAUCAACACCGGUCAGAAAUAUUGGCACUUGUUAUUUGUGUUAACUAUUGUUUUCUAGAAACCAUUUCAAUAACUGAGAGAAAGAUCGACAUUAUGUUCAUUGCUUUGUUUGGUUUGAGAUGCUUUUCUCCUUAUUAUAAUAUUAAAAUAUCCUACUUGGCUCACAACUGGGCAAAAUAUGACAGGCCAGUGAAUUCUUAUCCAUUACUCAACACUCUUCCAGCAAUUAUUCCCACUGUUCUCGGAGAAUUAAGUCCAGACAUGGGACAUCAUCCCGUUCAAGUAUUUGUUUUAGCUUCCAUCUCUAUGAAUCUUUAUCACUCUUUAUAUUGGUUUGCACAUGUUGUGGAGAAGAUGAAUAGAAUCUGGAAGUUGUUUGCACUACAGUCCCUUGGUUAG